AACCCGCCCUCCGGAGAGAUCUCAUUUCCCCCAAAACCUCCCAUUUUCUCUCUCUCUCUCGUUCCUCUUUUUCUUUACCUCUUAUUUCUCGUAUUUUGCUGUACCCCUCACUCACGAAUCAUGGAUCUCACAACGAGAUGUUUGUUUCUUCUAUCCUGCCUUUGCAUGAUAUCGGCGAUCGAUUUAGAAGCAAUAGAAACAAGCUACUAUGUGGAGCCCACUGCCACCUCAGAUGUGAUCGACUAUAAGGAUCCCUGUAAAGCUGUUGCCUUUUGGGGAGACAUUGCUCUGGAUGAGGAGGACAUGCGUAUGUUUAAGGUGGACCGGAUUAUAAACGUGGCCCAACGGACCGUCCAGACCUUCAAUCAGACAACCACAGGGUCUUCUGCCAAUGAGACCAGUCGAAACAUAGCGGUGCCAAACCGGCAAGGAUCACGCCGUAGGAAAAGGGCGGCAACCUCCAGGCCUGAGAGGGUGUGGCCAGAAGGUGUCAUUCCCUAUGUCAUCAGUGGGAACUUCAGUGGCAGCCAGCGGGCGAUAUUCCGUCAGGCCAUGCGUCACUGGGAGAAGCACACCUGUGUGACCUUUAUGGAGAGAACAACAGAGGAGAGCUACAUUGUGUUCACCUACCGGCCGUGUGGGUGCUGUUCCUAUGUGGGCCGCAGGGGUGGUGGUCCCCAGGCCAUCUCCAUUGGAAAGAACUGUGACAAGUUUGGAAUAGUGGUGCAUGAGCUGGGCCACGUGAUUGGUUUCUGGCACGAGCACACCCGGCCCGACAGAGAUGAACACGUCAGCAUCAUCAGGGACAACAUCCAGCCAGGACAGGAGUAUAACUUCUUGAAGAUGGAGCCAGGGGAGGUGGACUCUAUGGGAGAAGUGUAUGACUUUGACAGCAUCAUGCACUAUGCCAGGAAUACAUUCUCAAGAGGAAUCUUCUUGGACACCAUCCUGCCACGCUAUGAUGUCAAUGGAGUGAGACCACCGAUUGGCCAGAGGACAAGGCUAAGCAAAGGGGAUAUCACACAGGCACGCAAACUCUACAAGUGUUCCAGAUGUGGAGACAGUCUGCAGGAAAGCAGUGGGAACUUCUCCUCUCCUGGCUUCCCCAACGGAUACUCAGCCUAUAUGCACUGCAUCUGGAGAAUAUCGGUCACGCCAGGGGAAAAGAUCAUUCUGAACUUCACCUCCAUGGAUCUGUAUAGGAGUCACCUGUGCUGGUAUGACCAUGUCGAGAUCAGAGAUGGAUACUCCAGGAAAGCUCCUCUGAAAGGUCGUUUCUGUGGGGAUAAGCUGCCUGAACCAAUCAUCUCCACUGACAGCCGGUUGUGGAUCGAGUUCCGCAGCAGCAGUAACUGGGUGGGGAAGGGCUUCUCCGCUGUGUAUGAAGCCAUCUGUGGAGGAGAGGUGAAGAAGGAUAAUGGACAGAUCCAGUCUCCUAACUACCCAGAUGACUAUCGGCCCAACAAGGUGUGCAUAUGGAAGAUCAGUGUGUCUCAGGGAUACCAUGUCGGCCUGACCUUCCAGUCCUUUGAGAUUGAGAGGCAUGACAGCUGUGCCUAUGACUACCUGGAGGUGAGGGAUGGGAACUCAGACAACAGCCCACUGCUGGGACGCUUCUGUGGCUACGACAAGCCAGAUGACAUCAAGACCAGUUCCAACCAGCUGUGGAUGAAGUUUGUGUCUGAUGGCUCUGUCAACAAGGCUGGCUUCGCAGCCAACUUUUUCAAAGAGAUGGACGAGUGCUCCAAGCCCGACAAUGGUCGCUGUGAGCAACGCUGUGUCAACACACUAGGCAGCUACAAGUGUGCCUGUGACCCGGGCUACGAGCUGGCUGCCGACAAGCGCAGCUGUGAGGCUGCCUGUGGAGGUUUCAUCACCAAGCUGAACGGCUCCAUCACCAGCCCAGGCUGGCCCAGAGAGUACCCCCCCAACAAGAACUGUAUCUGGCAGCUGGUGGCGCCCACACAGUACCGAAUCACCCUGCUUUUUGACGUCUUUGAGACGGAGGGCAAUGACGUGUGUAAAUAUGACUAUGUGGAGGUCCGCAGUGGGCUUUCAGCAGACUCAAGGCUACAUGGGAAGUUCUGUGGAGCAGAGAAACCUGAGGCCAUCACCUCUCAGUACAACAACAUGCGCAUUGAGUUUAAGUCAGACAACACAGUCUCCAAGAAGGGAUUCAAAGCUCAGUUCUUCUCAGACAAAGACGAGUGCUCGAAGGAGAACGGAGGUUGCCAGCAUGAGUGUGUCAAUACCUUCGGGAGCUACAGCUGUCAGUGCCGCAGUGGCUUUGUGCUGCAUGAGAAUAAACACGACUGCAAAGAAGCCGGCUGUGAUCACAUUGUGAACAGUGUGACUGGCACCAUCACAAGCCCCAAUUGGCCAGAUAAAUACCCCAGCAAGAAGGCAUGCACCUGGGCGCUCUCCACCACUGCAGGCCAUCGCAUCAAAAUUGACUUCAAUGAGAUCGACAUGGAGGCCCAUCUGGAGUGCGCCUACGACCACAUCGAGAUCUACGACGGGCGCGACGGCAAAGCCCCCAGUCUGGGUCGCUUCUGUGGCACCAAGAAGCCUCCUCCCAUCAUGUCCAGCGCCAACAAGAUGUUUAUCCGCUUCUUCUCUGAUAACUCUGUACAGAAGAAGGGCUUUGAGGCCUCCCACACAGCAGAGUGUGGAGGUCGUCUGAAGGCUGAGGUCAAGACCAAAGACCUGUACUCCCAUGCUCAGUUUGGGGACAAUAACUACCCCGGUGCGUCUGACUGCCAGUGGGUGAUUGCGGCUGAGAAAGGCUACGGGGUGGAGCUCAUCUUCCAGACCUUUGAGAUUGAGGAGGAGGCUGACUGUGGCUACGACUACAUGGAGCUCUUUGAUGGUGUCGAUACCAAGUCCCCAAGGCUUGGACGCUACUGUGGCUCUGGGCCUCCCGAGGAGAUCUACUCUGCCGGUGACUCCAUUGUAAUCAAGUUCCGCUCUGAUGACACCAUCAACAAGAAGGGCUUCCACGUGCGGUACACCAGCACCAAGUUUCAGGACACAUUACACUCGCGCAAGUGACCAGCGGGGGCCGGAAAGGGCCGGGUGGGGCAGAGGGGCAAACGGAGGGGCCCCCAGGGGAGGCGCCAGCCUGACACUCGGAAACCUUCGGCCACCAAGAUCAUUCAGAAACGACAGAACAGCCGGAAGACCACCAACCGCACCUCAGCUCCAAGGGGCUCCAGCUCCCUACAGACUGUGAGGAGUAAAGCCAUUCUGCAGUAGACCUUGUUUUUACCUUUUUCUAUGGUUAUGA